AUGAAGUUGUCUAUCGCCGCGUUCCUCCUGCUCGGCUUCACCCAUGCCAUUGACCCCAGAAAGCCACAUCCACCGGCUGGAGGCGGGAGAAAGCGACUGACGUUCAAUGAAACGGUGAUCAAUCCCGUCAUCUCGCCGUCGACCAUCUCGGUGGAAUGGAUCGCGACCGACAGCGAUGGGGACUACGUCUUCCAGGACAAAGACGGAAGCCUCAAGAUCGAGAGCAUCGUCACCAACCAGUCCCAGACGCUGAUCCCCGCCGACCAGGUGCCAAAAGACUCGUACAGUUACUGGAUUAGCCCGGACUUAUCCGCGGUGCUGUGGGCGACAAACUACACCAAGCAGUACCGCCAUUCUUACUUUGCCGACUACUACAUCCAGGAUGUCUCCUCGUUCCAGACCACGCCUCUGGUGCCUGAUCAGGCCGGGGACCUCCAGUACGCCGCGUGGAGUGCCACAGGAGACACCAUUGCUUUCGUCCGUGGCAACAAUCUGUUUGUCUGGGCGAACGGCACGGUGACCGCCGUGACCGACGACGGAGGACCGGACAUGUUCCACGGCGUCCCGGACUGGAUCUAUGAAGAAGAGAUUCUGGGAGACCGCUACGCCCUGUGGUUCUCUCCGGAUAGCGAGUAUCUCGCGUUUUUGAGCUUCAAUGAGACCGGGGUCCCGACCUACACCGUGCCGUACUAUAUGGACAACCAGAAACUGGCACCUCCAUAUCCGCGUGAGCUGGAGAUCAGAUACCCCAAAGUCUCUCAAACAAACCCGACUGUAAAACUUAGCAUCCUCCGACUGAGCGACAAUGAUCUGUCAACGAUUUCUAUCGAUGCGUUCGACCCCAGCGAGCUGAUCAUAGGGGAAGUGGCGUGGAUCACCGACACUCAUUCCACCGUGGCAGUCAAGACGUUCAACCGCGUGCAAGACCAGCAGAAAGUUGUCGCAGUUGAUGUUGAAUCAGGCCAGACCAAGGUCGUCUACGAACGCGACGGUACAGAUGGCUGGCUCGAUAAUCUUCUUGCAAUGGCGUACGUCGGCUCGUCCAACGCAUCCAGCACGUCCUACUACAUCGACAUCUCGGACCACUCCGGCUGGGCGCAUUUGUAUCUCUUCCCCGUCUCCGGUGGGGACCCAGUUGCCCUGACCAAGGGAGAAUGGGAGGUAACUUCCAUCCUGAGCAUCGAUAGAGAGCGCCAGCUGGUUUACUAUCUCUCGACCCAGCACCACAGCACGGAACGCCACCUGUACUCUGUUUCAUACAGCACGCUCCAGAUCACGCCUCUCGUCGACGACACGGUGCCGGCGUACUGGUCGGCGUCGUUCUCCUCCAAAUCCGGGUACUACCUUCUCACGUAUCAAGGACCUGAUGUGCCUUACCAAGAGUUGUACUCGGUGGCCCAAGACACGCCUCUCCGCACUAUUACCAGCAACGCGGACGUCAUUUCCAAGCUCAAAGAAUACACCCUGCCCAACAUCACGUACUUUGAACUGACGCUCCCGAGCGGCGAGUCUCUCAACGUCAUGCAGCGGCUGCCGGCGGGUUUCUCUCCCAAAAAGCGGUAUCCCGUGUUGUUCACUCCCUACGGCGGACCCGGCGCUCAGGAGGUCAGCAAGUCCUGGCAAAGCAUAGGAUUCAACGCCUACAUCUCCUCCGACCCCGAACUCGAGUACAUUACCUGGACGGUGGACAACCGCGGGACAGGGUACAAGGGACGCAAGUUCCGGUCGCAGGUAACCAAGCAGCUCGGGCUGCUGGAAGCGCAGGACCAGGUGUACGCCGCAAGACAAGCGGCGAAGCUCCCGUGGGUGGACGCCGACCACAUCGCGAUCUGGGGCUGGAGCUAUGGCGGCUAUCUCACCGGAAAGGUGAUCGAGACGAACAGCGGUGCGUUCUCGCUCGGGCUGCUCACGGCGCCCGUGUCCGACUGGCGGUUCUACGACUCGAUGUACACGGAGCGGUACAUGAAGACGCUGUCGACGAACGCGGCCGGCUACAACACCAGCGCCAUCCACGACCCGGCGGGAUUCAAGAGCGUCCGCGGCGGGUUCCUCGUGCAACACGGCACCGGCGACGACAAUGUGCACUUCCAGAACGCGGCUGCGCUGGUGGAUCUGCUGAUGGGCGAAGGGGUGUCGCCGGUGAAAAUGCAGGUGCAGUGGUUUACCGACUCGGACCACGGCAUCAGAUACCACGGGGGACGGCCGUUCCUGUACAAGCAGCUGGCCAAGCGGUUGAUGGCCGACAUAUUCACCUCCGAGGUCGCCAUCAGCGCCCUCCCCACCAAAUCCGUCACGCUGACGCCGCACCGAGCCACCGUCGUCCGCGAGAUCCACACCACCAUCCAGCCGGGCGCCAACGAGCUCACCAUCGUCGACCUCGACCCCACCAUCGACCCGGACUCCAUCCGCGUCGAAGGCACCGGCUGCGCCACGAUCACCGACAUCCAGACCGCGAUCGUCCCGCGGACGGAACACUUCGACGACGUCUACCCGCCCGACGAUGACUCCUCCUCCCUCUCCUCCUCUGACGAAGAAGACCCCGAAGAUGACGAAGACGAGGAACUGACCACCCUCCGCGCCGCCAUCGCCGAAGCCGAGACGCGGCUCGCCCGCGCGCGCAACAACAGAGCCAGCGCCCAGACGAGCCUUGACUUCCUCGAUGGCUACGGGCGCGCCCUGCGGCCGGAGCACAGCUCCGCCGAGGAGGUCGGGGCGUUCCUGGCGCUGUAUGCGCGGCAGCGGGCGGCGGAUGCGAGUGCGCACCACGAUGCUGCUGCCGCUGAGACGGCGGUAUCGAGCGAGCUGGAGACGCUGCAAGGCAGGCUGCGGCGGCGGGAGGAACGGCGCGCCAAGGCCGCGCGCGCACAGCGCCAGGCGCAGCAGCGGGAGAAGCAGCUUGUGCGGCGGAAGCGGGCGCAGCGGCGCGAGCAGGCUGCAAGGCGGCGGGAGGAGCGCAGGGCGUUCUGGACCGGGGAGAUGGGGCGGGUUGUUGUUAGGCUUGAUGGGGAUGUUGCGACGCCUGUGGAGGGGGAGGAUGGGAAGAAGGGUGAUGAGGAGGGCAUGGGGGUGGUGCUGGUGCUGCGGUAUGUGGUGCCGCGGGCGCGGUGGGCGCCGCGGUACGAGCUGAGCGUGCACACGCCGUCGGCGGCGGCGCAGCUCGUCUACCGCGCGGAGUACUUCAAUUCCAGCGCGGAGACGUGGCGCGACGCGGCGGUCACGCUGUCGACGUCUGAGGCGGCGUGGUCGCGGCUCGACGAGGAGGUGCCCGUGCUGACGCCGUGGCAUAUACGCUUGGAUGCGGAGGCGAGCGAGACGACGUGGAAUGGGGUGCCGGAGCAGCCGGCGAUGAAGACUGGGGGGUUGUUUGGGCCGCCGGCGCUGAAGAGUGGCGGGUUGUUCGGGCCACCGGCGCAGCGGGUGAAGACUGGGGGGUUGUUUGGGAACGCCGCGGGGGGUUUUGGAAAUGCGCAGGGUGGUGCGAAUGUGAAUGCGAAUGCCAAUUCCACAGGGUCAGGGUCGUUGUUUGGUUCGCAGAGCCAACCUCUUCCGCCUCCGCCUGCACCGGGCCUGUUUGGUUCCGCGCAGUCGCAGCCAGCUCCAGCGAGUGCGUUCGGGACAGCUCCACCGGAGCCUGCUCAAACAAGUGUCUUCGCAGCAGCUGCACCACAGCCGCCCGUGCUCGCUAUGGGCGCGCCUUCAGGAGACACCGACGCCGACGCUGACACCGACGACCACUCCAUCCUCAGCCAGACGCUCGACCACCUUGACUCGAUCAAGCACGACUACGGCAUGACCACAACCUACACGCUCCCCGGCACCCGCACGAUCGAGCCGUCGCACCACGGACGGCGGCACGUGCUGGCGGAGCUGGACCUGCCGGACGUGACGCUGUCGCACCUGAUCGUGCCGAAGAAACGGGCGGCGGCGUUCCUGCGGGCGCGGGUGAAGAACACGUCGAGCGUGAAGCUCCUCCGCGGGCGGGUCGGGCUCACCGUCGACGGCAUCUUCCUGGGCAGCAGCAUGCUGGGGACGUGCGCGCCGGACGCCGACUUCCAGGUGUCGCUGGGGGUGGACCCGGCGAUAGCGGUGGCGUACGCGAAGCCGCUGGUGCGGCGGGUGCCCGGCAGCUUCUUUGCCAGCGAGGACGCGGCGGUGUUCCGGCGCUCGUGCUGGGUCAAGAAUAGCAAGGGCGUGGCGGUGGAUCUGGUGGUGUCGGACCAGGUGCCCGUCAGCCAGGACGAGAAGCUGCGGGUGAAUGUGGUGGAGCCGAAGCUGGAGAAUAAGGAGGGCGCGCGCGCGCCGAUCGAGAUGGACGAGGAGACGGGGAGCGGCGAGGCGAGUAUGCUCAAGGAUGGCGAGAUCAAGUGGACGAUCCGGUUGGAGCCGGGGAGGGAGUUUCGCGUGGUGUUGGAGUAUGAGACCAGGCGGUUGGUCGUCAAAACUCCCUGGCAUCUUCUCUCGCUGCUUCUGUGUCUCUUGCUCCGUGACAGCACCCUCCCCCCACCGCUCGCGCCAACACGCCAGCUCCUCGCGCCAGAGAUCGUUGACGCACGGGUCGCACGAGCUGCCGCAGCACUCGCCCAGUCCCGGCGGCGGUGUGAUAAUGGUUACCAUAGUGGCUAUACUUGUCAAGUCACUGCAAAGACUGCGUACAGAGUCCUCGUCCAGGCAACCCGAUCGUCGCAGGGAUCGGAACCGCCGUGA